CAACAGCUUUUUGCCAAACUUUCAAAUUUACGAUCGAUCACCUCAGCCUCUCUCACGACGUGUCGAUACUAACCCAGAUAUCCAGCGCCACCCCCCAUAUCAGUCAAGAUGUCGUCCGGAAAGGUCAAGGCCGUCGCCCUUUGGAGCAAGAACAAGGAUGAUUUGACCAAGCAACUUGGUGAGCUCAAGACCGAGCUCGGUCAGCUCCGCAUCCAGAAGAUCGCCUCUUCCGGCAGCAAGCUGAACAAGAUCCACGACAUCCGCAAGUCGAUCGCUCGCGUCCUUACCGUCAUCAACUCCAAGCAACGCGCCCAGCUCCGCCUGUUCUACAAGAACAAGAAGUACGCUCCCCUCGACCUCCGCGCGAAGCAGACCCGUGCCAUCCGCCGGAGAUUGUCCGAGAAGGAGGCCAGCGCUGUCACCGACAAGGCCAAGAAGCGCACCACCCACUUCCCCCAGCGCAAGUUCGCCGUCAAGUCUGCUUAAAUUUAGACCGACCGCUGCUGGGUUAGAUCUGGGGACGAGGAACAAUGAAAAUGGUCACGGAGGCGUAACACGUUUUUGGCACACGGGGAUCCCGAAUUACUCGAUGAUGCAUUGCAUGGUCACGGAGGGAAAUUAAGGGUUUAUUUGCACUUUUAUCAUUUCUCCCCCCAGUGCUGCAAAACACGAAAUGGAUUUCUCUCAAGACGGGUCAAAACAUUGGUCAAGCGAAAAACGAAAAAGGAUGGGCUUCACAAGAAUCCCCCUCUCUUGUUCUUUCCCACCCCUCCUUUCUUGCGUGGUGGGAGGGAGAGGAUUCCCUCGGGUGUGUGUGGUGUGAGGUAGCAUAGAGCUGCCAAAAUGAUGGGGCCCAAAGAUGUCCC